AUGGAAGACGAGAAGAUUGUUUGGUUGGCCGAGUUCUUCGCGGCACUCAAGACUCCCCCCUCUCCUCCCCCGUCGCCGCCCAUCACCUCCCUCGACCGCUGGUCAACACGGGCGGUUGACGAGGGAGGAGUUGGAGGAGCUCGAGUGCGUGCUGGAGAUGGGCAGAUUUGCGCAGUCGAGCCGCGGCGUUCCCCCCUCCGAGAAUUGAUAGGAAAUCUCUCAUAUACAGCGACCGCCGAAAACCGAAACAUCAGUGGCGAAUCUCUCACCAAGCGCCGGCGUAUUGACCUAGCCGACCCAUCUACCAUCAGCAUCGUCUCCAGGAGGACCAAGAAGACUACGAAGAUCACGACAGACAAGACCGACACUCCCAAACCGACGAAACGGCCCAAAGCUCCGGGAAAGAAACCAAGGACAGUGACCGACGCCGCUACCGCGGCAUACCAACCACCCGAAGCUGCUGCGUUACCCGUCAGCACCGUAUCAAAGUUCUUCUCGCAGGAGAAAGCGACAGAUCGCGAGCCCGGAAAGGCCGCCAAGAAGCCUCGAAAACCACGAGCGAAGAAGUCCGAAGAAGCCACCGAAACCCCUAUUACCACUACCAAGAAGUCUCGUAAGAAGAAAGUCGUCAUCUCGAAACCAGACCCUCCAUUGCUCUACACGCCACUCAAAGCCACAGCACAAGCCGACUCCCAAUGCUUCUUUUUCGGGACGUCUAGCCAACUCAUGCUGUCCGAAUCUCCCACCUUGAUACGAGAAAUGCAGACCGCUAUUGAGGAGUCUGAGGCCCUGUCACAGCCUCCACGGACGAAUCUCACGACUUCCCCGAGACGAAGGAGUUGUCUCAAAGUACCCACGGCGCCCCAUGGGACUUCAUUAUCAAUUGGGCAGGCGGAGAAGGAGCACUGGUGUGCGUCAGCGAGGGAUUGGAAAGGCGGGCUGUUGAGGGAGAAGUCGGGGUUGGCUGCCGCGAAGAAGUCUAAGCCAGUGAAGCAAGUCGUCCCCAAGCCGGUUCCCGUAGAAGUGGUACUGCUGUCAAGCUCUCCCGGCGCCCUCCCUGUGAUUGAAACCCUACCAAGUCCAGCUGGGAAGGAUUUGCCGCCGAACGGACUGCAGUCGGAUUCAUUCCUCGAUAUCGACGAGCUACAGAAGACGCCAGAAGACUCCCGGGCCAUACGAUCAGACUCCUUCAUGAAUAUAGAUGACAUCUCCGACCACGAGAAGCCUCCAACACCCUCUCCGCCGCGACGCAGAGCUUCCGCCCAGCUCUCACCCGUCCCAAAGCUGUCAUUCGCUAUCAAGGCAGCCGACGACCUAUCAACAGCACCCGCUCUGGCCGGGAUAGCGACCACGAAUCCUCUGCCAUGUCUCUCAGCCACAGGAGUACUGAAAGCCAUGGACGCACAAUGGGCGGGUAACAAAUCUACCUUAUUCCCAAGGAUCACAGCCACGGUAAAGGGCAGCAAGCGGUCCUCCGACCCUACAAAACCGAGCUGGCACCAAAAAAUCCUCCUCUACGACCCGAUAGUACUGGAAGACCUCACGGCAUGGCUCAACGAGCAGAAGUUACGAAUAGAAGUACGCCGACUGAAACCCAAGUCAAAGGCAAAAUCAGGUGGCAAAGGCAAAGGCAAGAAGAAGAAAGCGGACGAAAUAGCCCCGGGGGAAGUAGUAUCGGCUGCAGUACCAGCGCAAGAAAUCGAGACAUUGCAGGAGGAACUACAGGCUUGGAUGGUGCAGAAAUGGUGCGAGGAGAAGAGUAUCUGCUGUUUGUGGAAGGAGGGCUUACGAGGUGGGGUGAGGAGCAGGUAUUGA